AUGUGGGCGUGGGGCUGUGUCGAGCGCGUGGCCGCGGGCCUCCUCGGCGGCCCCCUCGCCGGCGGCGGCCGCUGGAACACCGCCGUCGCCGUCGGGGUCACGGCCGCCGCGGGCCUCGCGCUCGUCGCCAUAGUCGUCUCUUCCCGCAGAGGCGGGCUCAAGUCUCCGUGGUGGCGGCGACGGAGGAAGGCGCCGCUUACGGCCCAGGAGUGGCGAGAUCUGUUCACGCCGGAGGGGAAGCUUCAGGACGGUGGAGUGAAGCUUCUGAAGCAAGUUCGGAGCGGAGGGAUGGAACCGAGUAUCAGAGCGCAAGUCUGGCCGUUCCUUCUGGGAGUUUAUAGCCUUGACAGUUCUGAAGCACAAAGAGAUGUGGUUAAGGCCCAGAACAGGAAGGGAUAUCUGUUAUUGAGGAAGCAUUGCCUGCGUAAAUCAGCAUACAGCAUGGAAGAGAGCAGGCAGUCAACUAAAACAGCUGAAGUCAACCAUGAAGGGAGCAAUAGUUCUGAAAAAGGUGAUGAAUCUGGUUGUGUUAGUCCUGUUAAAUCUGAAGAAGUUCCUGAAAGUCCUAGCAUGGAAGAGGCUAUAACUGAGGAAGGAAAUCCAAGUCUCAGUGCAGAACAAGAAGUGCAGGAUGACACUUCUGAAACAAAGCCAGAGCAGAUGAAAGAAAAUCAGUCUUCAUCUAGUUCUUCCGAUGAGGAAGGGAGUGAAAAAAGUGCUGUGACUCAUGUAGAAGCAUCUCAUAAGAACUUGGCCUCAGUUUGUGAGUCCUCAUUUGAGGAUGAACAAGAAAGUAUCCCGAGAUAUUCGAACACAGGAGGAAAUAUGGAUGAUGUUGUGUUAUCUAAGGCUGCCCGCCCUGUGAAGUCUGCACGGGCAAUCGAGGAUUUUGAGACAUGGCAACGGAUUAUUCGUUUGGAUGCAGUCCGUGCUAACGAUGAAUGGGUUUCCUACUCUCCAUCCCAAGCUUCAGUUUCCAAGGAGAGGGCAAUUGAAUCUGCUAAAGCUGUUUUUCUCAAAGACUAUGACCACUUAGAACCAUAUCGGAUCCAUCAUGCGUCACGCCUUGUUGCUAUUCUUGAGGCCUGUGCAAUCUAUGACCAAGAAAUUGGAUAUUGCCAGGGAAUGAGUGACCUGCUUGCACCUCUCCUUGCUGUUCUAGAGGAAGAUGACGAAGCCUUCUGGUGCUUUGCUGGUUUUAUGAGGAAAGCCCGCCACAAUUUUAGACUUGAUGAAGUGGGUAUACGCCGGCAACUCAAUAUGGUGGCUAGGAUAAUCAAAUACAAGGACUUCCAUCUCUACAGACAUUUGGAGAUGCUCCAAGCUGAAGACUGCUUUUUUGUUUACAGAAUGGUGGUUGUGAUGUUCCGGAGGGAGCUCACCUUCGAGCAGACCCUAUGUCUCUGGGAGGUGAUGUGGGCUGAUCAGGCAGCAAACCGCGCUGAGAUUGCAAAAUCAUCCUGGCGAAAAUUGCAGUUGGGAGCACCUCCAACAGAUGACCUGUUACUGUAUGCAAUUGCUGCUAGUGUGUUGCAGAAGCGGAAACUGAUAAUAGAAAGCUACAGCGGCAUGGAUGAGAUCGUAAGGGAGUGUAACAGCAUGGCUGGACAGCUGGACAUUUGGAAGCUCCUGGACGACGCGCACGAUCUAGUGGUGACCCUUCACGAUAGGAUUGAGUAG